UGUUCCCACAAUCCACCUGAACAUCACCUGGAAUGACAUCACGGAAAGGUCAGUGACGUCACGUGCGCAUAUGUGGAGGAUAUGUGUAACCUCAUCAGACUCAGGCGUCUGACUAACGUAUCCAAGGUCCCAUUAAACCUCAUUAGGGUGUUAAACCUGCAGCAGAGGCAGCUUACCAGAGUGUAAAAAAAAAAAAACCCUGGAGGCAGCAGUAUCAGUGUGCGAGAGACUCGCUGCUGCUGACUUGUUGAAAACUCCCCUGGCUACAUCCUAACGCGAACACAUCUCCUCUCCUCUUAUCUUGUACUAGGACACCAACGUGUCCGAGACUCACCGAAUCUCCUUCCUCCAAAGAGCUGAGGAGUCCACCUCUCCAUUUACUCGCAUCUAUUCCGUCGCCAAACCCCUCCACCCCCCCACCACGAUUCGCGUUUCCUCCUCACGAUGUUUGAUUUGUGAGGUUCCGCUCCCUUUGCGUGUUUGGGAAAAUCCUCCAUUCAGAGCUGGGAAGAUUUUACGCACGGGGAGAAGCCAGAGCCUCUGCUCGCCUCGUAACCAGACGCUUGAGCGCAACGUUGGAGCUGAACAUGUUACGCGUGUCGGAGGUUUAGUCAUCCCGUGCUGAGAGAGAUCACUCUGCCCGGGUGCUGGGUUCCCUCCUGUCCGUGCGCCGCGCGUCAUCCACAACCUCUCCAAGCUGCCAGCGGGAAAUACCGCUGAGCGCCGAUGUCACGCUAGAUCCCACUUUCAUUCAGGAUUCUGCAGUUCCUGACAUCUACGCAAGAAUCAGCUUUGGUAGUAAUUAAGCUGGUCAGGUUAUCUGUUAUAGAACUGCUACAUCUUCCUUUUUCACGAGAAACAAGGGAAACCGGGUAAAAUCGAUGGUGUCUUGAAUUUACGCACGACAUCGAAGUCACAAGCACGAGCAGAGUAAUGCGAUGUAUCUGUAACACACUGAGUAAAUCCAACGCAUGCAACAGAUUCGUUGCAACGCGGUGCUACAGCGGUGACGGAUCAUCUGGUCGGCGCUGGAUAACCGAACUUCAGUCGGAUGGGAGAGCGCGUUCAACGCUUGAAACGUGAAGUCGGGCUGUCGCAAGUUCAUUACCGGCACCGGCGGUCUCCCCCCGCCUCUCAGCUCUCCGAGUCAUCCCGCAAAACCUACCGAUCAAGCGAGUGUCCGUCUGGGGCGCAACUACAUCGGCGUCCCGCUCCCUCUCACCCCGUCUCCUCCGAGGUGCGCACCGGCUCCCGUCCGUCCCUCCAUCCCUCCAUCUCUCUCCAUCUCCAUCCCUCGCCUCUCUUUUCUCCGGUCGGGCUCCCAGCGCCGUAGAUAGAGGCUCUGCAGUCACGUGGGUCGGGGGAGAGGAGAGAGAAGGAGAGAGAGAUAGGGAGGGAGAGGUAGAGAGAGAGAGAGCGUCCCUCCUCCUCCUCCUCCUCCUCCUCCUCCGCAGUUUGCAGUGUGUUAUGUCUCAGACUCGGAGGUAGAGAGUCAGAGCUGCUCGUCCGGCGGAUCUCAACCUCUGAAACAAACCCCCGGUGUUUUCUCUCAUCCUUCCCCGUUACCUCCUCAGUUACCCGGGUUUGUUUCUCUCUGGAGCCCUGGAAGCUUCUUUCUUUUUCUACCCUUCUUCUUCCUGUCGACUCCGGCCAACAGUUUGGUCUUUGGGAUUUGUCUUUUUUUCCUUUGCUUUUUCUUUUUUUUUUUUUUUUUUUUUUGGUUACUGUUGGCGGUGAUUUCACUCAGUACUGUCCCCCGCCGCUGCUGCUGCUGCUGCUGCUGCUGCUGCCGCUGCUGCUCCGGCUUUUACGCACCGACGCUUAUUUUGGAUUUGCUCAUCACUGGAGAAAAACACAGAAUUCAGCGAGGUGGAUCAGUGGAUGCGCCUUUUUGGCUCAAACUGGAGAUGGAAAUGUUGAUAUUGUUAUUUCAUUCCCUGUGGAUAUUGCAAUGCAACACAGUGAGCGCCGACUCCAUCAUUCACAUUGGUGCGAUAUUCGAGGAGAACGCAGUGCGGGAUGAUGAGGUGUUCCAGCUCGCCGUGUCUGACCUCAGCCUGAGCGAUGACAUCCUGCAGAGCGAAAAGAUCACACACUCUAUUAAACUCAUCGAGCCCAACAACCCUUUCCAGGCGGUGCAGGAAGCUUGUGAGCUGAUGAACCAGGGCAUCUUGGCGUUGGUGACGUCGACAGGCUGUGCAUCAGCCAGUGCUUUGCAGUCCCUGACAGACGCCAUGCACAUCCCCCACCUGUACAUCCAGAGGAACAGCGAGGGAUCACCACGGACAGCCUGCCAGUUCAACCCGAGCCCUGGUGGGCAGCGCUACACGCUGGCCGCCCGGCCACCGGUUCGCCUCAAUGACGUCAUGCUGACGCUGGUGGAGGAGCUGCGCUGGCAGAAGUUCAUUGUGUUCUACGACAUUGAGUAUGAUAUCCGUGGCCUGCAGGGUUUUCUGGAUCAGACGUCCCGUCAAGGCGUGGACGUCGCGUUGCAGAGAGUGGACAGGAACAUCAGCAAAGUCUUCACCAACCUCUUCACCACCAUGAGGACAGAGGAGCUCAACCGGUACAGAGACACACUGCGCAGAGCCAUCCUGCUGCUCAGCCCCCAUGGAGCGCACACAUUCAUCCAACAGGCAGUGGAAACUAAUCUGGCCUCCAAAGACAGUCACUGGGUGUUUGUGAAUGAGGAAAUCAGCGACACAGAGAUCCUGGAGCUUACCCACAGUGCACUGGGGCGCAUGACGGUGAUCCGGCAGAUCUUCCCCCUGUGGAAGGACAGCAGCACCCGCUGUAUGAGGCACAACCACCGGAUCUCCUCGCUGCUGUGUGACCCGCAGGAGGGAUACCUGCAGAACCUGGAGGUGUCUAACCUCUACCUGUACGACAGCGUGCUGAUGCUGGCUAACGCCUUCUACAGGAAGCUGGAGGACAGGAAGUGGCACAGUAUGGCUAGCCUCAACUGCAUCAGGAAGUCCACCAAGCCCUGGAACGGAGGCUGGUCCAUGCUGGAGACCAUCCAGAAGGGCAACAUCACGGGCCUGACAGGUACAAUGGACUUUAAAGACAGCGGCUCCAACUCCCACGUCCAGUUUGAGAUCCUGGGCUCCAGCUUCAGCGAGACCUUCGGCAAGGACAUCAAGAGGCUCGCCACCUGGGACUCAGUUCACGGACUGAACGGCAGCCUAAAGGAGAGUCGGAUAGAGAAUGGGAUGCAGGGCGUGACGGUCAAAGUGGUCACUUUACUGGAGGAUCCUUUUGUCAUGGUGGCGGAGAACAUCCUGGGGCAGCCGAAGAGAUAUAAAGGCUUCUCCAUCGACGUCCUGGACGCCCUCGCCAAAAUCCUGGGCUUCAAAUAUGAGAUCUACCAGGUGGCAGACAGUAAAUAUGGAUCUCAGCUUCCCAAUGGCUCGUGGAACGGCAUGAUUGGUGAUCUCAUCAACAAGCCUGACCUGGCGGUGUCAGCCAUCACCAUCACGCCAGAGAGGGAGAACGUUGUUGACUUCAGCAAACGUUACCUGGACUACAGCGUCGGCAUCCUGCUGCGAAAGCCUGAAGAAAAGAUCAACAUCUUCUCUCUCUUCGCACCCUUCGACCUCGCCGUGUGGGCGUGCAUUGCGGCAGCGAUCCCCGUGGUGGGAGUGCUUAUUUUCCUACUCAACAGGCUGCAGGCGCUGCGCUCAUCCUCUACCCAGAAUCCACCGCCAGGCCAGCCGUCCAGUGGCGUGGGGUCAGGCACUCUGCACAGCGCCAUCUGGAUUGUUUAUGGAGCGUUCGUGCAGCAAGGUGGGGAUGGUGUGGUGGGUUCAGUGGCUCUGAGGAUCGUCAUGGGCAGCUGGUGGCUCUUCACGCUCAUCGUGUGUUCAUCAUACACCGCAAACCUGGCAGCAUACCUCACCGUGUCACGCAUGGACCACGCUAUAUGGUCUUUCCAGGACCUGGCACGGCAGAUUGACGUGGACUACGGCACGGUGAGGGACUCUGCGGUGUACGACUACUUCAGGAACAAAGGCACCAACCCUCUGGAGCAGGACAGCACCUAUGCAGAGCUGUGGAGGACAAUCAGCAAGAACAACGGCAUGGACUACUCCGUGUCCAGCCCGUCUGAGGGCAUACGCAAGGCGAAGAAGAGUCCCUACGCCUUUCUGUGGGACAUGGCGGUGCUGGAAUACGCGGCCCUGACAGACGACGACUGCACCAUCACCGUGUCAGGAAACAGCAUGAGCAGUAAAGGCUACGGCAUCGCCAUGCAGCACGGCAGCCCCUACAGAGACCUCUUCUCUCAGAAGAUCUUGGAGCUGCAGGAGAAAGGCGACCUGGACAUCAUGAAGCAGAAGUGGUGGCCCCGCACCGGCCGCUGUGACCUCAGCAGCCACGCCAGCGCCCACCCCGACGGCCGCUCUCUCAAACUGCACAGCUUCGCCGGCGUCUUCUGCAUCCUGGCUGCUGGCCUGCUGCUGGCCUGCCUGGUGGCCGGGCUGGAGGCUUGGUGGAACAGCAACCGCUGCCGCCAGGAGCAGCCCAAAGAGGACAAGGAGGUGAAUCUGGAACAGGUGCAUCGUCGUAUGAACAGUCUUUUGGACGAGGACUUGGCCCACAAGCAGAUCCCCGGCCCCUCUAUCGAGAUCUCUGCGCUGGACAUCGGCAGCAUGCAGCCCAGCCAGGCCUCUCUGGUGCCGGGGCCGGAGUCCGUGCGGGACUACCCGCCCUCGGGCCUCGCUGUGACCACCUUCCUCCCCGGGGAGGGGGCGCCACCUCCUCCUCUUCCCCACCCUCACCAUGGGGGGACCCUAGGCAGGACGCUACCCCCAUCCCAGGUCCCUGGCAGCACCACGUUGCCCCCGCACCACCCGCUCAGCAGCACCAGCCUCAGCGGCACCAUGCAGUGCAAACACAGGGCUCCCAACGGGGGGCUCUUCCGGCAGAGCCCUGGCAAGACACCCAUGCCAAUGUCCUACCAGGCAGUCUCCGCAGGACCCAUACCCGAAGCCAUUGAGGCCACCCACAGUACAUCCAUAUAGUGAUUGGGGGAGGGGGAGGGGGGAGGGUUGGGAUAGGACAGGGUCAAACUGCAUCAACAAUAAGUCGUUCCCUGGACUUUGGUCCAGUUCUGGAUGUGAGGGGGGUUGGGGAUCUAUAGAGGAAAAUUAUUAUAGAAGGUAAAAAAAAAAAACAUAAUGUACAAAGUAAAAAGAUUUUGUAUCUCACUACCUGUUCAGAAAAGCCGAUGUUACAGAAAAAAAAAAAAACGGGGGGGAGGCGGGUGGGUAGGCAGGUGUAAUUUUUCUCUUGUACAUAUCUGUAAAUACCAAGAGAACGAAGUGAGGUUAAAGUGUAUUUUGAAUAUUCUCAAUUUUUGAAGUUGAGUUAUAAAAAACAAACAAAACGAGAUAAAAAAAAAAUAUAUAUAUACAUUGAUGAAAACGUUAUGACUGUUUGAAUGGCUUUGUAAAUUUUGUUCAAUAUAAAACAAUGACGCGAAAUUCAUUGUGAUUGUUUUCUAAGUGCCGAAAUUAAACGAUGUCUCUCCACAACUCAUCGAUGUAAACGACUACCCAUGAUGCACCGCUGUAGGGACAUUUUAGUGUUGGACACCUACUGUUAUGCACCUCUGUACCAACCCUAUAUAUAUCUUCAGCAUUGGACGAAAAUAAUCACAAUAUUUUGUUUUUUUUUUCAUUUGUAUUGAAUAUAUAAUAUACAUUGUUCUUUUCCAAUCAAAAGUCUACAUUCAUUUUCUUACUUCGACUGUAAAUGGUGUAUCAUUCAACACUGG